CCUAUUUCUGAGCUGAGACCUUGCUUUGCCUCUCCUCCGGUUUCCCAUGCCGUAUAUAUAUUCAUUCAAGAGCAAAGUUCCCAACUUUUCAUACGAAUUUGACUCGUUAACCGAAGCAGAAAAGGAAGGCUCAACCAGUAAACAAAAUUUCUCAUUCGCUUCAUCUUUCAUCUCAAUUUCCUUCCCAUCACAAAUCCCACCGCCAAAGUAAGCCAAAGAUGCUCCCUUUUCCGCCCACAUUCCCAUAAACCAUUCUUCCUCCGUUUCCCAACUGCUGAAGCUCAGCUGAUUUGGAUUCCAUCUUCCAAAACCAGCUAAAGAACUUCAAAUCCAUCGCUUUUCAGAUUGCGGAGGUUGGCAAUUCAGCAUCGUGGAUUCAGGUGAUCAAGAGAAAUGGUUCUGGGGCUAAGAUCAAAGAACAAGAAAGCCAAUACGAUCCAAGUUGAUUACUUGGUCCAAGUUCAAGAGAUCAGUCCAUGGCCACCAUCACAUUCUGUUAAACCCUCAACCUCACUGGUUCUCCAAUGGGAAAAUGGUGAUCAAAGUUAUGGAACAUUGGCUUGUGUCAUUGCUGAGGGGAAGCUAGAAUUCAUUGACUCCUUCAGGCUUCUCAUUACACUGACCAAGGAAGCAUCCAGGAAAGGCAAUGACCGUGAGAGUUAUGCAAAAAACUUGUUAGAGUUCUACUUGUUUGAGCCAAAAAAUCAGAAGUCAAACAAAGGUCAACUCUUGGGUUCAGCAGUUGUGAACCUUGCAGAUUAUGGAAUUAUUAGAGAUGGCAUCACCAUAAGUGCUCCAUUGAACUUGAAGAAGAGCUCUAAGGGUGCCCUCCAACCGAUAGUUUACUUCAUAGUUCAGGCGUUUGAGAAGGGUGACGAUGACACCAGCAGCAGCUUGUCGAAAGAAGUGUCGAUGGAGAAGGGGGGAAGUGAGUCUGUUUCGGAGGUCACGAAUGAGGAGGAGAUUGCUUCGUUUACUGACGAUGAUGCUGAUGAUGGUGAUGUCUCUUCUGUUGUGGUGUCUAGUAGAGGUUCACCUAGUUAUUCCGAAAAGAAUGGAACAGCAUCUGCAAUCAGUAGUACAGCGAGACCAAAGGAGAAUGCUGUUCUUCCUUCCUUGGGCAUAACAGCCGUUCCAGUAAAUUCAGCAGAAGAUUAUCCAGUUCUGGUUGAAAAGGCUUCCAACCAUGCUAGCAUUCAUAAAUAUCUAAGCAGCCAAGAAUCGAAAGAGCUGAAACACAAAAGUGGCUUAGAGGAGGCUAAAGUUUCCAAUUUACCUGCUGAUCAUUUUCUAAACACAGAUGGGAACGACCUGAAGGCAAAUGCUCAGGAUAUUGCGGUUUUGGCGACCAAAACAUCAUAUACUGUUGAAGAGAAACUUGCUGGUGAAGUAAGUCGAGAUGAUACGAGAAUCCAGGUUCCAUUGAGAAGUAACACUAUUGCUUCCAAUAGUCAUGCAGUCGGAGUUCAGGGGAACACUCGGCGAGAUAAGUUGAAGCAAUUGAAAUCUAUUCAGUUGCAGUAUGCUGCUUCUGAAGGUCACAGGCCCUCUAGCAAUGGCCAAUCUACAGAGAGAAUGAAGAAGCGUGAAGUUACUGAAAGAACUAGUGGUAGAGCUGGAAUGAUCAAUGAUCAAGGUGAAAGAGAAGAAAAACCAAAGAGCUCUAUAGAAAGCAAUGUCAAAUCAAGAUCUGAAGGUGAAAUGUUAAAUAAGGAUGAGCCAAGCAAACUUGUUACCAAGAAUGAGAACUCUGCUGUCAAGGUCCCUCCUGUGCAGAAGCCGAAGAGGGUUGAAGUUGUUUCAAAAAUUUCUAAAAAAGUAGGAGCAAAUGGCUCGCCAAAUGGUAGAGAAAUAAACAAAGUUGAGAUGCUUGAGGAAGAGUUAAUGGAGACUGCUGCUCUCGAGAUUGGCUUGUAUUCGGUAGUGGCUGAGCAUGGGAGUUCGGCGAAUAAGGUUCAUGCUCCAGCAAGGCGCCUCUCCAGGUUCUAUCUUCAUGCUUGCAAAGCAAGGAAUCAGGGUAAGAGGGCAAAUGCAGCAAGAGCCAUCAUUUCUGGCUUGAUCUUGGUCUCCAAAGCUUGUGGAAAUGAUGUCCCCAGGUUAACUUUCUGGCUGUCCAAUUCGAUCGUCCUGAGAGCAAUAGUCAGUCAAGCUGUCGAAAAACUAAACCUGGCACCUAGAACCUCUCCUUCCAAAGAAGCAAAAGCUAAUAAUGUUUUAGAUGAGUGGGAGAAUCCUCGAACAUUUAUCACAGCACUUGAAAAGGUCGAAGCUUGGAUCUUCUCCCGCAUUGUUGAAUCUGUUUGGUGGCAGACCCUCACCCCACAUAUGCAGUCCACAGCAGUGAAGGGCGCUGGCUCGAAGAAGGCACAUGCUCGGAAGCAUGGAUUAGGCAAUCAAGAACAGGGGAACUUUGCCAUUGAUCUAUGGCAGAAGGCGUUCAGAGAUGCCUGUGAAAGACUUUGCCCUAUUAGAGCUGGCGGCCAUGAAUGUGGUUGCUUGCCUGUACUUGCUAGAUUGGUGAUGGAGCAGUUGGUAGCUAGACUAGAUGUGGCGAUGUUCAACGCUGUUCUUCGCGAAUCAGCUGACGAGAUGCCUACUGAUCCAGUUUCAGACCCCAUUAGUGAUCCUAAGGUGCUUCCUAUACCAGCUGGGAAAUCAAGCUUUGGAGCUGGGGCACAACUUAAGAAUGCUGUCGGCAGCUGGUCCAGAUGGCUCACAGAUUUGUUUGGUAUCGACGAAGAUGAUGAAGUAAAGGAUAGUGAAACGCCAUUCAAGAUUUUUCAUCUCCUUAAUGCACUGAGCGAUCUCAUGAUGCUCCCAUUUGAAAUGCUUGGGGACCAAUCGACCAGAAAAGAAGUCUGCCCUACAUUUGGAGGGCCAUUGAUCAAGCGGGUUCUUAGCAACUUCAUCCCAGACGAAUUCAACCCGGACCCCAUCCCAGAUUCCAUCCUCAAUGCAUUGGAUUCAGAGGAUCCUGGCGAGUCUGGAGAUGAAUCUCUCACGAGCUUUCCAUGCUCAGCGAAAUCAACAGUCUAUUUGCCGCCUUUGGCAGCUUCACUGACAAACAUCAUAGGCGAGGUUGGCGGUCAGAGCAGUAGUGCUCUGCAGAGAAGUGGAUCAUCUUUACUACGAAAAUCAUACACCAGCGAUGAUGAGCUCGAGGAGCUGGAUUCGCCCAUGAAUUCCAUCAUCAUUGACAAGCUCUCAGCCUCUUCUUCUCCCUCGGGUUCAACGGGAAAGGGUGGCCGAAAAGUAGUAAGGUAUCAACUCCUAAGAGAAGUAUGGAAAGACGGGCAAUAGAGAAAAAUGUUUCAUCCACAAGGCCGGGCAGCUUCCCAGGCAUUCCUUUUCCUGAGAGUAGAGGUUUGUAUAGUGUUUCCUCCGGUAUUCAGCGUGGCUGGAUUGCUCUGUCUUUUGAUGUUCCUGAGUUGUACAAUGCGGACACCAUGAAUGUUCAUACGCUAAAUAAUAUGUAGUUCAGACAUUUCUCAAUUCUGAGGAUGAUUAAUCAACUAAAUUGUUCAUUGAAGGACUUGUCUCAUGUGAUGAU